CUCCGUGCUCGGGGGGCGGGGUUUUCUCCAGCUCAUGACAGCGGUGACGAUCUGGACAUAGCAGGUCGGGGGGAUGGAGUCGGUGGGGACGGUAUGGCGGCGGGAUCCCGCUGCUCUAUCAUUGGAGGAUGUGUACAGCAUGGCCAAGAGCCUGGGCUCCGAGCUGCAGAGCCUCACCGAGCAGUACGGGCCGGACUCCGUGUCCGGGGUGGUCCCGCAGGUGGUUCGGGUGCUGGAGCUGCUGGAGAGUUUCGCGGCCACCGGGAGAGAACGGAGCUGUACGGAGGAGGAGCUGCUGAUCAGAGCCGUGCAGAGUAUGGGCAGAGAGGAGCGACAGUCCCCGGAUCUGGAGCAGAAGCUGUUGGAGGCUCAGAGGAAAGAGCAUGAUCUUCAGAACCAGUUGUCUCAUCUCACUGAGGAAAAUCAGAAGCUCCUGGGUCAACUGACUGAGACCAAAUCCCAGGGAGAAUUUGCGGCAAGGGAGGAACGGGAUCUGAUGCUGAAGUUGAAAGUUGUGGUGGACAGGCAAAGAGACGAGAUUCGGUCGCUCACACGUGAGAACCAUCAGAGGAACAAAGACUCGGAGGCUCUCCAGGAGCAGUUAAAUCGUGUUAUGAAUGUGAACGAAGAUCUCCGCCGUAAAGUGUCCGUUGUGAACUCCCAGCUGAAGAGCUCCCUGCAGAGGAAAACUGAACUGGAGGGCUUACUACAAGAAAAACAGAAAGAAGUAGACUCCCUGACCCGUAAACUGUUUAUGUCCCAAGCCGUUCCCGAUAAAAACAUGAACACGGCUGACUGUAAGUCACAGGAAACUACUGUAAAUGAGGAGCCUGCUUCAAGUCAGAUGUGCUUCACCAAGGAAGAUGUUAAGCAGAUUGUCCAGGAGAGGAAUGAGCUCAAAACGAACCUAUUUCUGGUGAAUGAAGAGUUAAAAUACUAUCAAAGGGAGAUGCUGAAUGAUGAGAGGAUCCCAACACUCCUAUUAUCUGGCAUGAAAUCUGCCAUUAAGAAACAAAGAAGGAAGAUUAAAGCCAAAAUGUUGGGAAUAGUGGAAUCUCCAACCAGCAGUGAUGAGGAAGAUGGCUCAUGGACCCAAACCACAACCACUGACUGUGUGGAUGGCAAGCCCCCUGAAUCAAAAAUCAAGAGUUUGUUUGACAUGUGGUAUGGAAAGCCAACAACAGAACCAGGACCUUGGGAAAUCAUCAAUUCCAAAGAAAUCAACAUGAUCAAGAAAGAAAGUUCCGAUAACAAUGCGUGAACCUGUACAUACCCGAUCUUGUAUAAAUGUAUAAUUACUGCUGGGAUCUGUCCAGUGCUGAUUGCUGACUGAAGUGACUGACCUCACAAUCCUGUUUUAUUCGACAAGAAGGGUGUCCCUUUCUGUGUAAACUGUAUAUUUUCCCGUAAGAGAAUAUUGAUAUUUUUCUAACAUUUUUAUUUUAAAUGCAUUUUUAUAAAAAAUCAUAUGUGAUUUAAAAAAAGGUAAAUCUAUAUACAAAAAUAUUUUUGCAAAUGUAUAGUCUGUACAAUAUAUACUUAGAGUCUGAUGUAUAUUUUUGUUUGGUAACGUCCAUACACCAGAAUUAAAUAUUUCAGUGUGA